AUGGAGUCCGCCAUUCGUUGGUCGCCGUCCUCGUCGGCCGCCGAGCAGCGCUUUCUGUCAGUCGAUGUCACGGGCAAGUCGUUCCGGCUAUGCAAGGUCACCGGCUUCAAUGGGAGAGCACUGCAGCACGAGUUGCUGUCGACACUAACCGACGUCCCGCUCUUCCGCGCAUUCGACUGGUCGACCUCCAAUGAAGACCUGAUCGCCGUCGGCCAGUCUUCCGGAGAAGCAACUAUUCUGCGCCUGGAUGGCAAUUCCAAGGAGUCUCUCUCGUUCCCCGUCCGCAAUCAGCGCUACUGCAAUGCCGUCGCGUUCAGCACGCACGGUCUGGUCGCGUCGGGACUCGAUCGCGUCCGCAACGACUUUUGUCUGAACAUCUGGGAUGUGAACCAGCGACUCAGCCUGACUGGUGGGAGUAAAGGGUUUGCCGAGCCGCUGAGGAAAUUGGCCAGCUCAGAGCCGAUUACCAGCAUCAAGUUCUUCAGGGAUCAGCCGGAUACCUUGGUAACCGGUGUCAAAGGCCAAUUUGGGCCGGGGAACCCAUCUCUCCAAUUUCCGACGCGCUGCGUACACAACCUGGCCAUUGACUGGCUCGAUGAGAACUACAUCGCGUCCUGCGCCACGUCCAACGAAAGCACCAUCUGCGUCUGGGAUCGACGCGUGGGAACCCGACUGGCAUCGCCGUCCAUUAGUGCUUCCUCCAGUAGCCCGGAGACGGGCCAAGCCACGGCGGCGUUGCAAUUCAAGAACGUGUUCAACGCCAAAUCAUCAAUAUGGAGCUUGCGCUUCUCAAAGUCUAACCGGGGCUGUCUUGGUGCUCUCGCGAGCGAUGGGCAUUUCAAGGUCUACGAUAUCGCCAAAGAUUACUUGUCUGAGGAGUACCGUUCUUCGAUUGAUGAGACAUUAGGCCAGGGUUCCUUCAGGAACUACCCGGAGCCGGUGUACACCAAAUACGUGCGAGAUGUGUGCUCUCCAUUCGACCACCCCUCCCGUGGAUGCGAAGAAAAAGAAAGAGUCGUGACGUUUGAUUUCCUGAACCUUAACAUCUCCCCGCAGCCGAGUGCCGUUGCAUUGAACGGUCUCGGACAAGUACAGAUCCUAACACCUCGGCCACCAUGCGCGCCUGUCGACCUAUCAUCACAAGGCGCUUUGGCCUGUGGCGUUUCAUCUGAUGAGUCCGACGUUCGAACCAUCCAUCCUCUAUCAGAACACAUUUCACCCGUCUCCCAGCUGGUUGAAAAUAUCAAAUCACGAGUUCUUUCCAGCCCAAAGAUGUAUAAGACGGAUCAAUCAUCUACGUCGAGAAAUAUCGCGUCAGAUCCUAUUCCCAGUCGUGAAAAUAGAGAGCGCGCAAUAUCAUUAGGGACCCUUGGAACUCUUUUAACCGCGAAGGAGGCUCUCACUCUGUCUACGCUUGCACGCUUUCGAUGCAAAGAGGGAUAUCUUUUUGACGAGGAGCAAAACCAAAAAAUUGUGGCGGAUGAUCCGGCGCUACAAGACUUUUGGGAUUGGGUCGAGCGUGAGUUUUUGACAAACCAUCCAUGUGCAGGGGUCUAA